AUGGAGCGGGUGUGGAGACGCGUACAGGGUGCCGGGCGUCGCGGUGCCGCCGCGGCCCGUUGCGGCUGUCCCGUACAGCCGUGUCAGCUGCACGUGGACCAACGCGCGAAGCGCGGCGGCGGCGGCCGUAAAUCCCGCGGCGGCGGACCCCAGACUAUCGUCUGCGGCUGCCAGGUACAGCCGUGUCCUGUGCACCCAGUGCUCAUCAGGAUCCGCCGUACGCGACCAGCCGCCACUUCCGCCACCGCGGCCGCGGCCGUCACCAGCUGCGACUGCCCGCCGGACUCGCAACCCUGUCCGCAUGUACAGCGUGGAUCGGCCGCGCGAAGAAUCAGAAGAUCCGAAUGCAACGAUCGUUCCUGCCGGCAUACAUCCUGCGGCGCCGGCACUCGUCGCCGAGCAGUCGCACAAUCCUCAUCUUCCCCCGUCUCCUCGCAGUCGAAGCUGCAACAAGCACAGCAGCAGCCGUGCGAAUGCACCGACGAGAGAUUAAACUGCUCCCAUACAGGCGGCGGCGAGGCGCCAUGCGAGUGCGAGUGUGGCGAGGAGGCGAAGCCGUGCCCGCACACGGCCAAAACGCGCAGCGUGCGUCGCACGUGCACGGACUGCAGUUGCACUCAGCCGUGCGGUCACAAACCGCAAUCCGAGGGCCGUAUCAAGCGGGUCAAGUGCCGCGUGAGACGCGCCGGCUGCGCGAUGGCCCGCUGCACCGCCGAGCUCGCGAUGCUGCAUUUGCACUGGGAGCUCGCCGCCGAAUGUGCGCCCUGUAGACCGCGCGCGCUCACGCGACGGCUCUGCAGGAGGCAGCAGAGCGACAACGAGCUCUACCGCAGCAACAGCUUCAAGUUCGAGCGUUUCGAGCGUACCAAGGAUGAGUGCGUCACGCCGCUCCGCAAGCAGGUAUCGCUCUGCGACGAUUAUAGUUUACCCGUCGAUUUUGUAAACAAGAGACGUCCUGCCAGCGCCGCGGCUGCAACCUCCACAGUGCAAUGGGCACUGCCAAGUCCGACUGUAGACAAUACGGAAGUCGAGAUUGUGGAACAAUACAGCGACCCUAGAGACAGCAAGAGUAAAGCGUACGUCGAGCCGGGAGUGGAGUCGUCCUUGCCGACGAUUUAUAGCAAAGCAAAUCGCAACUACUGUCGACCUUACACAGAUCCGUCAGCGUCUGGAUCAUCCUGCGAGGACGACGAAGAGCUCGUUAACGUCAGAAAACGGAAGAACAGCGUCUACGCUUCCUCCUCGACUCGCGCCCCGUCGGCGGAUCGGGAUACUUUAACGUCGACCGACGGCUUACUCGUUGACUGUGUCGCUUUGGUACAUCUCACUGAUCAAUCCCCGACUGAAUCCAACCAACCGGUGCGUCAUCCGUCGCCGUAUUACUACGGCGAUCUCUUCAAGGUACCGGAGCAACUAUCCAAGUCGCAGCCGAACAAGUACCGGAAAAGCGUCAGCCUCGAUGUACCGGGCGAGCGUUCACGUACACCCGGUAUACCGAAGAGGAACUCGGUAGCGGGUGAUGGCGGCUCCUACUCAUCGCAACCACGGCAUUAUCAGCAACAACAGCAGCCGCCACCACCGCCGCCGCCACCGCCGUACUAUCGGAGCCAGGAUCUGGUGAGCCCCACAUCGGGGAACGAGCAUGCUGUCCCAGUCAGAGGCGAGAUCCUCUCGUCGUGUAUCAUCACCGAGUGGGAUCACACCCUCAUGCCACCUCAUAGACUACUGAGCCAUGAUUUGCCCACCGCCGUUUGCACGUGCGUCGCAUCGCCCGAGGAGGAGGAGGAUGAGCUAGAACGACGGCAGCCGCAAGUGACGCGGCAUCAGGUGCGCAAACUACGACGUACACGAAGGAUAGAUCCGCAGCCGAUACUCGUCGAGGACGAGGACGACGUGGAGGGUGAGGACGAGGGGGAAGAGGAGGAGGAAGAGGACGCGGAGCUCGAGGACGAGGACGAGGAAGGAAUGGCCAGGCAACGCCACCUCUACGAAACGGCCUUCGAUUGCAAGGUCAAUCGAUCCGACGAUGAUCUCGACGAUCUCGAUCGCAUAACCAAUCAUGCGGUACUGCACUCUCAGAUACGGAGCGGCAGCGUCGCGCUCGCGAGCAGAACAAGUUCGUCGACAGACACGUCGAAACAGCAGCUUGUGCAACCACUUCCUUAUACCGGCCAGUCGCAAUCAAGCAAGGACCAUCGACGCAAAGUCGUACUUCUCCGCCCAAAACCGAUUCCGAGCCGCUUACAGCAGCAGCAACAGCAACAACAACAGCAGCAGCAGCAGCAAUCAGACAAUAUAUCCACUUUGUCCCAGGAUAUUGAGUCCCUCCAAAUUAAUUCGAGCGAUGAAAAAACGGGAUCGCCGAGAUUACCGGCGCGCGAUUAUACGCCAUCGCCACCAUCGACCGCGCCUUUACCUGCGAAAUUUCACGGGAAUCGAGAUCAUUUGCUACUGAAUAUUCGCAGCGCGCCGAAUCUUCCGUCGCAGCCCGAUCAUCCUCGCUUGAAGGAUAUGCGGCUGCCGGUGAAGUCGUCGUUGCGCGCUAAGGACUCGCCACAGAGCAGCGAGGGCAGCAUUCUCGAGAUCAAGAGUCGGCCGAAGACUUUUGUUCAGGAGAACAUCGACUCUUCGCAGGGUCGUCGAUUCGACAAGGAACUUAUUUUGGAGUUUAAAGAUAGGCCCCGAGAAGAGCGGCAACGGCCGCGCAGUCUGAUUCGCGAGAGCAGACCGAUAAUGGAGUUCAAGGGUAGGCCUCACGAAGCGGAGAGCGAUCUCGUGCGACCAGCGCGACGAGAUGCCGGUCUCUUGGAGUUCAAGCUGCGCACAUCGCGACGCCGGAUCGGCUACUCCAGCACCGAGAGUAUGGCGACCAGCAGUAGCGGCGGCAGCAUGGAAUCUAUCAGAAGCAGUACCAGCGAAGGCAACCGGUCAACCAGUAGCUCCGACAGUCGACACAGCACCAGGUCUUUGAGUUCCCAUAGCUCGGAUAGCGGCGGCAGCAACUGCUACCAUCAUCACCAACAUCAACCGUCGCUUUCGGGCUUUCUGACCCAUCACGCCACCAAGUUGCACAUUCUCUCGCCGAUCUCCGACAAGUCGUCGCAAGAACCGGCCUCGGAGACUUCCGAUAACAAUCGCAACAAUAAUUCGCAAAAGGCCUCACCUGAGGAGAACGUCAUCACGGAGAACAACGUCACCGCGGGUAACAAUACGAACGCGGCCAAUACAAACGCGGUCACCUCGCCCAUGGACACAUCCUUCAAGAAGCGGCGAACACCGCAGAAUAAAAAUCUCAUUAAUCUGGCACUACAGUCGUCGUCGUCGGGCGACGCGGAGAUCCAAGGAUCAGACAGCGGUAUUUCGAUCGAGUCCCGCGCGGGUAUCAAGUGCAAACCUUUCGGCUUCCACUUGUUGAAGCCGCAGCUAGAUAAUAUCAAUCUUGUCGACAACGAGCCGGAACUGUCGGAUUUGCCCUUUGACAUGCCAAAGCUUCGUAGAAGACGGUUGCUAAUGCAACAGGACGCCACUACAUCCGGAAGCGCGACCAGUGUAGACUUGAGGGAUCUGCCCUUCGACAUGCCGAAACUCAGAAAGCGCCUCAGAUGUACUCAGAGCAUUGAAUCCAGCGCAUCUCAGGCGUCCUCCAGUCUUUCGGUACGCGACGUCGAGCCACCUUCUUUAUUUGCACCUCAAGGUAAACUAAGUACUCAUCAGGGCCGCAGGGGCUACCGUAAUUUAAUGCUGAUCGUUGUGAACCUUCCAGACAACAGCUAA